AUGCAGUUGUCAAGUUCAAGUUGGAAAGCUAUUAAGAUGUUUGUCCAACUCAAGUUUGGAUCCAACGCAGUAUACUCCGCAGCUGUUGGGCUUGCUGGUUUCCUUCCGUCUGUGCUGCAGCUCAUAAAAGCGAGCCAAGGGACUCUCAUGGCUGUUGCUCUGGUCAUGGCUACUUGGGGAUUGCUUCAAUCUUUGUACCUCUGGAAGCGGAACUUCUCAGACCAUGGAAGGGUGAAGGCACUUAGAGAGUAG